AUGGCGGAGCCAGUGAGCAUUGUCGCCUCCGUUGUCGGGAUAGCGAGCGCGGGCAUCAAGCUCUCCACUACCCUAUAUACCUAUGCCGAGACAGCCUUUCAUGCUGAUGGCAGUAUCAAGGACAUAGCAAGAGAUGUGUCUUUAACCUCUUCAGUCAUGGGGGAACUCGGCACGCUCCUCCAGCAGGAUACCAAGGUGAACUUAUGCUCUCAAUCCGCGCUGCAGACGAUCACCAAGGCCGUGACGGGCUGCAAUACUGUCUUCAACCAGAUCGGCGAUGCGCUGGAGAAAUCUCUCAAGAAGACUCAGGAUGGGAAGAAAAAGCUGUCGGCCUUGCAGAGAUUGAAAUGGCCACUGUUGGAGCCGAGGAUGAGGCUGUUGCAGAGUAAUCUGGAGAGCUUGAAGAGCACGUUGUUAUUAAUGCUCAACGUGCUGAAGUAUGCGAGGGAUGUCGCUGUUAAACGGAAUCAGGAGUCCACCGCGGAGGAUAAACGUCGACAAAUCGCUUCCCUGAUCAAGAUAAACCAGGAAUCGACGCAGAAAUUCGUCCAGAUCGAAGAAGCUUUCAGGCAAUUUGCUCUUCAAGGCGCCCAGAAUUCCGAGGAAUCAGCUUGCUCGAUGGAGGAUUCAGCCGCGACUUCAGUCAACCCAUAUAUCAGCAUGCACACCGUGUCAGAAAACAUCUCCGCAGGUUCUUCUACCCUUCUAACCAAUUCAAUGCCAGCAAAAUGUCUUUGCGGUGCGAGCGAUAAGCACAAAGUCGGCUGGGAAAACGACUUUCACAUCACUAGCAGGGAACUCGAUACCUGUAUCAAUCAUAUCGGUGCACUGCUUAAGAAGAUCCAGGCUGUCGAGCCCGCACUAUCCCAGUCCUUAUGCUUGACGGAAUCACGAUGUUUAAAGUUACGCAAGGAAUACAGGCAAACCGCUGUGAUGCUUGACGAGGUCUUCAAUCCUCAGGGGUAUUGGCAGCGCCUCGCAAUCCAACCGCGCUUGAUGCCUCAGAAUGCUCCGCCUGCAUUCACAAACACUAGCGAUUUUGACCUUAAUCAGGAUAUGAACCCGCCUUUUGGCAGUCAAACCAGCAGGCUAGAUCUGCUCCUAGGCCAGGGCCAAGAGCAAUUCCCGCGGUUGAACCAGCGUAAUAGAUUGGCUUACCUAGGUCAAGCUGACCAGAUGUCGCCUCCAGAAAUCAGCAUCGACUUUGCACCUCCCUCGCGGCAAGCGAGCUUUGAGCCACCCAAACUAGCGGCCCAAGAGAAUGCACUAAGCCCACUAGAAAGAAGCCGAAGUCGCAACCGCAUGCGUGCGAAGUCCGACUCCUUCACCGGCCAGCCCUCUCGCGCUACAACUCCAGGCUCCGAUCCCUCCAAUAGUCUCUCACCGAACGCCGCCAAGGGUUUAUCUCGAUCACCGUCGCCAUCCUCAAAAGGCUCUCGCCGGUCCUCAACAUCCUGCAUCCCUCAUCGCGACUAUAUCCUCGACCUCGCCGCGUCGCGUCCGUUAUCCAACGGGGGCGACUCCUCACAAACCCCCAACAAGCGCACCCAGAAAUACCCGGCCACCUUCCAGUGCAACAUCUGCCCCAAGCGCUUCACUCGCGCCUACAACCUCCGUUCGCACCUCCGUAUGCACACUAACGAGCACCCCUUUGUCUGCAACAUCUGCGGUAAGGCCUUCGCGCGCCAACACGACUGCAAGCGCCAUGAGGGCCUACACGUAGGCGAGAAGAAGUUCGUCUGCCGCGGCAUGCUUAAGGAUGGCAACAACUGGGGCUGCGGUCGGCGCUUCGCGCGCGCCGACGCCCUGGGCCGCCACUUCCGCUCCGAGGGCGGCUGCGUCUGCAUCCGGCCGCUGCUGGACGAGGAGGUAAGGGAGAAGGGCUGGGAACAGCAGCAGCAACAGCAGCAAGGAAUGGACACGGAUAUGCUGGGCUCAUCGCAGAUGGGUCCGCAGGUCGGGCUCGGCAUGCAGAUGUCCCAGCCUCCGCAGCAGGGUGGGUUUGGUGCCGCCACUUUCCCGCAGUCGUCGUCGGCUCAUAGGGCGCGGGCCGACCCAGCAUACGCUCUGCCGGCCGCCCUGCUAGCGCAGUAUCCGGCGCUGGCGGGCUUUCAGUGGGAUCUGUCGGCAGCGGAGGAUGGUUUUGAUGGAGGGAGGAGCAGCUUCAAUGCUAGCAGUGGCGGGGAGAUAUUCGGUGAGGAUGAGGAGUUUGGCGCUAGCGGUCGUGCUGGCAGGAUUAACGAAUGGCUUGAGAUUGUAGAAUGUUUCGGUACUGUAAGGGGAAGAGCAGGUGUAGGUGGUAGGCCUUUCGAGCCAUUCGGAGUACCACCUAUAAGCUCAAGGUGCUCAAGCACCGCCGGCAGCGAUCCAGCGGCUGAUAUACCAGAGCAUGAUCCCUUAGUCGAAGUCGUCAACGCCACAGACUCACAGACCAUCGACGAAGUGGACGCCUUGCUCCGAAAAUGGACGAAUGUGUUCAAGUAG